UGACAGUAAGCAAUUGCGAGAAAGAGCCUUGCUUGGAAGAGCAGCAAGAUGGUGGUCUUUGGACUCAAGUUUCCGGAGGUGGCGCCGCCACCACCACUGUUCACCAAACCUCCCGUAUGACUAUGGCCAUGGCCCAUGCCAUCUUUCGGAAACGAGAGCCAAGAGAUAGCAGCCAGCUGAAGUUUGAAGGCAUGGAGACCGAAGUGGGGGGGGCACCUCGGCCUCUUUCGUUGGAGACUAAGAAAGUGGCACUUUUGGGAAAUCACCUCCCCAUGCCAUAAAAUACAAAUAAAAGGAGGACGCUUGAUUUUGAAUGACUGCGGAUUCAGUAAAAAGAAAUGGUUUUCUGGUGAUUUGAAACAGGUGGGAGAAACGGAGUUCGUAUUUUCAGAACGGGAGGGAAGAGCGGGGGGAAGGGGGCCCACUUCGCUAACCCUCUCGCUCGCUCGCAAUCGGGGAGGGAGAAGGCUCCAGACUCCACAGGAGGAGGAGGAGGGAAAGCGCAAAACUCUUCGUUCCUUCCCCCAUCACUCGCUCUCUCUUUCUCUGCCGCGUCUCGUGUUCGAUGGUUGUUGAUCACUUCUAACGGUUGUCCGAGAAACGUUUGGCGAAGAGGCGACGCGGAAAUGGUCGCGGGCUCCAGGAUUUUCUAGCGGUUGUUGCGAUCUUCGGCAAUGAAUCGUGGUUUCAGAGCUCCAGACUCGAAAAUGCCGGGGCCUUUGCAUCACAGACCGGGGAUGAAACUCGGAAGCAUCUUGAAGGAGAAGGAAGAAGAACUGUCUUUGUUCCUUGAGCUGCGGAAACGCGAGAAGGAGAGAACCAACAUGCUUCUUCGCAACGCGGACGAGUUUCCCUCUUUAGCUUCAAAAUCAGGGGGUUCACCCAUUUUCAAGGUAGCAACGGCAACAGCUUCACGCAAGGUUGGAUCCGAUGACUUCCUGAACUCAGAUUCAGAGAAAAACGACUACGAUUGGCUACUUACACCACCUGGAACACCUCUUUUUCCUUCUCUGGAAAAGGAAUCACAUGCAUGUUCAGUUGGUCAAAUUGGGACACCAAAAGCUCGUCCAACUGUGCUUAAAUCUAGAUUAUCUGUUCCUCAGUCUGAAACAGCUCCAAGGGGAAAUCCAUUAUCAAGGCAGCCCAUCUCAACCUCAGCCUUGAACACAUCAAGCACUUCUCUCCGAAGACCCAUUUCAACUGCAAUCGCUAGUUUAACCACUUCUCGGCCAUCUGUAACCACAAGUUCUGCAGUGUCCCGACCAUCUGGAACCACAAAUUCGACAGCAUCUAGGCCAUCGACACCAACUGGACGGUCCACACUACCAGCAGCUUCUAAGCCCUCCAGGGCUUCCACUCCAACCUCAAGGGCAACCUUACCUUCCACGAAACCCGUUGCUGCUUCUGGAAGACCUGCCACACCUUCUGCUAGAUCGUCCACUCCAACAGCCAGGCCUACACUGUCAGCUUCUAAGUCAUCAUCAAGGCCAUCUACCCCCACAAGGCGGCCAUCAACACCAUCCGCUGUAUGUAGUAAUCCUGGACCACCUAGUCGUUCAACUUCUGGUGCUAAGUCGAGCACUGCAUCAAGGAAUGCUGCAUCCUCACGUGGUACUUCUCCUACAGUCAGAUCCAGACCCUGGCAACCUUCAGAGAUGCCUGGUUUCUCGUUGGAUGCUCCACCAAAUUUGAGGACGUCAAUGCCUGAAAGGCCUGUUUCUGCCUCUAGAGGUAGGCCUGUUGCCCCAAAUGCCCUCAAAUCUGGUUCUUCUGAGGGUGGUUCAAAUGGUAAACCAAGAAGGCAAUCAUGCUCUCCUACUGGUUUGAGAGGGAGGGUUCCAAGCACCGGUAAUCAGAGCAAUGGAAGCUUAACUACAUCAAGUCGAUUGCGUUCUGAUAAUGGUGAUAAUGUUAGCCCUGUUGUAAUUGGGAGCAAGAUGGUUGAAAGAGUAAUUAAUCUGCGAAGAUUGGCACCUCCUAGGCAGGACAAUUUACGAUCUUCCCCAAAUAAUCCCUUAGGAAAGUCGGCUUCUCCUGAUAGCACAGGCUUUGGCAGGACACUUUCAAAGAAAUCACUGGACAUGGCCCUGAGGCACAUGGACAUUCGGCGUAGUAUCCCUGGGAGCUUAAGGCCUCUUAUGACCAAUGUUCCUGCUUCCUCUAUGUAUAGUGUCAGAUCUGGGCCUGCGAGAAGCAGACCUAUCAGCAUUUCAGAUUCACCUCUUGCUACAAGCAGCAAUGCUAGUUCAGAGCAGAGUGUUAGCAACAGUAACCUUUGCUUGGAUGUGAGCGAAGUUGAGGAUGACGAUUUAAGCAGUGAAAAAGGGUUUCGAUCAUCCCCGGCAGGUCUAUCUGGCAGAAGUGGCAAUGGGAGCACUAAUUGGCUUGUCUGCUCUGAAAAUCAUGUUUGACAUCCAUCCAAAGCCCCUCUCGAAUCCUGGAAGGCAUGUGUUAUAUAUUCAUAUGUGAUGGGUUUGAUUGGAUAUCUCCAUGUUGAGGACUAUGUGGAGUCCUUUUGUCUGUACCAAAGGCAGUUUAGCUGCUUGUUUAUGUAUUUGCGGGCACCUUUUAUGCUAAGAUGUGGUUUACGCUCUAUCGUUUCUGCGGAAGGGUGAGCCUGCAAAUGGGGUUUAUAUUAUUACAUAUGCUAGACAUUGUAACUUUUCUCGUCAUCUUAUUGAUCGUUCAAUGCCCCAUUAUUCGUACAUAAAUUCUGAAGAAAGAAUCUUUUCUGCUGACC